GUUGGAGCUAGUAUGCGCCCAUCUAAAUUCCGGUCGUCAAAUACCUCCCAAAUCAAACGAGAUGAUUGAUCUUUGCCAAACACAUCAAUAUGAUAUUUCAUCAUACGAUGCAAUUUUCCGAGAACGAUGCAAUAUUGCAUUAUACAAGGAAAUUAAGGAGCUAAAAAAUCUGUCAAAUAAUCUUAUUAAUGAAUGGGCAAUUUACUCAGGAUUAUCGGAAACAUUCAGUGAAGAUUUUGAUUUAGACACGUAUUGGCAUGAGAAGAUGACUUUAUUACCGAAUCUUAGCAAAAUUGCAUUAUUGUAUAUUUGGUUGCCGGUUUCAGGAGUAGAUGUAGAACGUAGCUUUUCGGCAUAUAAACGAAUUUUAACAGAUAAUAGACAUGCAUUGUCAGAAAAUUCACUUAGAAUGCUAAAUUUUUUGAAUUUUAAUAA